UUAUAAAAAACACUAUGUCUUACUAUACAAAUGCAUCUGCCGAAAGCUCUUCAAACGAAGAUCAUGAAACUGAAAGUAUAUCUAUCGCAAAACCUGCCAAAGCAAGCAGUAAUAAAAGAAAAAAUGAUUUAGAACCAAAAGCCAAUAUCAAAAAGACAAAGACCGCAGGAAAGCACACAGAAUCAUAUAAGGAUAUUUUUGCUGAAUUAAUUUCGAAAGGAAGUUUUGAAAAUAACGCAAGCAAUUCUUUAACAAUGAUGGAGGGAAAUAAUUCAUUUACUUUCCAGUGUCCUAUUGCACCAAAGUGUGAGGACUACUGGGUUAUUCAACACUACAAAGUCAAAACGAUUGAAGAUAUUCCGUCAGCUGAAAGAUGGAAACAUGCGGAGGCCAGUAUAAAAUUGUACACUACGAAUCGGGAUUCAAAAGAUACAAAUAUUGCGAUCAAAAUAAAUGACGUUGUACGGGAUAUAUUGGAUCGAUUUUCAUCAGAUCCGAAACGAAAAUUAAUUAAAAAUAAUAAAAUAAAAUAAAAUACCAAAUAAUUUAAUUGUAAAAAUAAUUUAUUAAAUAUAUAAAUCAUCACA